AAGAGAGAUAGAGAAAGAGAGUGAUCGUUCUUCUCAUGAUCCUCUCAUGCUCACGAGCCGUGCGUUCGCGCGUGAUCAAGAUCUGACGUUCAACAGGUGGUUUCGAGUAUAUAUUGUAUAUCGCGGUUUUGGUGGACGAGUUGGGGUUGGUUCACGGAUCGAGCUGUAUAUAUAGAAGAGGGUUUGUGAAGAGGGUCGACUGGAGGGAACGGGAGUCGAGGGGGUUGAUUGUUCGCUCAGAAGGGAAGUUGGCCGAGUCCUGAAUCAAACUGGACAUACUCACCGCCACGUCGGGACGUACGGAGUGGAGAUGUCCGCGGGUCGCUGAGAGAAUGAGGGAGCUGGACACCGAGAGCCCUGUUGUCUGGCCGGCCUGGUGUUACACUGGUGAGGUAUCAGGUGAGAACGUGUCCGCGGGUUCUGGACCACGUAGUGGCGAUCGUGGAGAGGCGACCGAUUUAGGCACACACACGGAAAAUAACGACGGGGCCACCCUGGCCGCGAACACAGCGGUCGACGCGAGGGGCGGAAGCCCCCAGGGUGCCCACCUUUCCGGUGCGGCCACCCCCAGACCGCUAAGGGGUAGGAGACGACAAAACCAGAAUGGUCUCGACACCACUCAAGUUAAAACAGAACGGCUCACGCCAGACAAUAAUUCAACGUCGUCGAGGAGCGUGACGCCCUCGUCGUCCAGCCAUCCAGGAACGCCACCAAAUGCUACCCCUUUGGGUGGACCCGAGGGCCCACCACCACCCCAUCACCUCAAACACAUGGAGCAGAUGAUGGGUCGGAAUUAUAGCGAUUUCAUGAGAAGCCUCGCUGCCAAGUACAAUAACGCCAAUCCUAAUGACUACUUCAGUUCGCCCAGAAACGGCUAUCCUCCAGGCCUAGAUCCAAGGUUUCCGGCGUUCAAAACUGCCGCCACACCCUUCGUCGGUUUGAUGGCGCCGCUGGGUGCGCCACAACCGUCAACCGUGUCCACCACCUCCCCUCUAUCCAAUAAAGAUCCGAAAGAGCAGAAGCAGGACAGUCUGUUCGGUAAUCCCGUGUUCCCACCGAUGCUGGACAUGUCGUCGACGCAAGCACUUUUGCACAUGGUGAGGACCGCGAAUGCUGCACAAAAUGCUGCAGAACUGGAAACGUAUCUCAAAGGUGCGAACAAAAGAGACACGGGAGUGACGAGUCCUCUUGAUCUGUCGAGUCCAGGCGGAUUCGCACCGCGGAAAAGGCAGAGGGCGGAAACAAGGAGAUCGGGAUCGGUGUCUCCGAAACCGAAGCCAACCCCCCGACCCACCACACCACCUCCAGUCAGAUGUCCAUCCCUGUGUGGCCACAUGCCAUGCGGCGAUGGACAAGCUGUCAAUCGAUGGACCAUCGAGGACGUCGUCAAUUACGUGUCGUCGAUCGAUAUUUGCGCAGAGUAUGCACAGAACUUCCGCGAGCACCGGAUCGAUGGAGCAGCGUUGCCCCUUCUCUCGGAGGACCACCUGACCGGCCCAAUGGGAAUGAAGCUGGGCCCGGCCCUGAAGCUUCGCGCCCUCCUUGCCCGGAAACUGGGCGCGUGCACGGUGUGUUUGCACUGCGCGCACUGCCACCAGACACCUCUGCCAGCCCUGAACGCGGCCGCGGCGGCCGCCGCCGCCGCCGCGUCGCAACAGCAACACCAGCAGCAACCGCAGCAGCAACAGUUGCCUGGAAGGCGGCCAAGCAGCACGGGAAACUGACAAACAAUGGCGGAGACUCCUCUGGGCCCGGAGGGCACGGUGGCGCCCUCCCAGGACCCGAACAGGGCCCUAAGGAUAGAACGGCGCGUGUCACGCCCGAUACGCAAGCCAGAAGUGGUGUUCAAGAAGCCCAUCAAGCAGUGACGCGGAUCACGCGACAGCUUUGCUCUGCGUGUAUACACGUGACGCUGUGGACGAUGUUACGGAGGCUCCGCCUGUGCUGUGUCCAUCGAGUGUUCGAGUUUUAUCGGGGACGUUCGACAACGAUCAAGAGUUUCGUCGUGUGUAUUGAUCAUACGUUACAUUAUAAGAGUACCUGGAGAAAAAUGACUUACUUUGCUUGUCCCUGAGGCAAGAAUUUGCCUGCGUUGUACUUACGUAUAUAUGUUAUAUACGGCCGGAUCGAUUCGUGUGAGAUAAUAUUCGUGCGCGAGGGGGGUGAGAAUGGGCGGUUCUUCGAGAAGGAGGAUGAUUGGGGGAGGGGGAAGAGAGAUUGCGUUUGGGAUGGGAAAUACGGGGAGAUAAGAAGUUGUUGGUCACCGUCAUACCUUUCGUAUCACCUUUCCUUUAUCUGUCGUUAUUUCUUGUUGCUGUUGUUUAUUUUAUUCUAUGUGAUUAGUUGUUAUUUGAAUCGAUUCGAUGAAAAAAAUAUUCGUUUUCUUUUUACUAGUUGUUGUAUCGAUUGCGCAUUUCCUUCCAUCUUCCUUCCGUCAAUUAACACACGAACUUCUUAUUCACCUGGCAUGGCCCAACAAGUUCGACUCGAGAAAUGAUCUCGAGCUUGAGACGCGAUGUUUCAACGUUCAAUCGAUAAUUUUAUCAUUAUUAUUUUUCGUUGAGAGGAAGAAACGAGCCUCGGGAUGAUAAUCAUGUGCCUGAAACGAGAAAAGAAAAUACGGGAAAAAAAAUUUAUUUAAGAAAGGAGAAACCCCCUCCUCCCAGAGGUACAAUUCUCGAUAUUUGAUACUUUCUAAUACGUUAUUUUUUUUUUUUUACAAGUCGUUAAGAGACUUGUACCGAGCUUUCACGAGUUCUCCUCGCCUGGCAGGAAGUGGAGGGUGACUAACAAGUGUUAACGUUCUCGCGUUUAUAAAUUAGGAAUAGACACGCGAUGAGCACAAAGAAGCUGACGCUGCGUGAUAAUCAAAUUAAUUGGGAUGGCAAUUAACGAUUAGAACGCCUCGUUUGCGUGCUUGUUCAAAUUACACAUCCUUCGAUAAAAGAGGAAGGGAAAAAAACAAAAAAAAAUCAGCGACCGGAAGCUACGUGUUCGAUCCUUCGUAAGCAAAUAGCGUGUCAAGGUACAACAUCGGUUUCACGCGAUAUUAACGGCCUUGAAUUCUUCGGGAAUGUCUUCCUUGGCGAAGGAAAUUAACGUUUUAGAAUAAUUAUCGCGCGAAUCGAAGUUCUAAGCGAUGAAUUAAUUAUUAAUGGAGAUUUUUUUCUUUUUUUUUUAUUAUAUAGAUAUAUAUAUAUAUAUCACGAAUAAAAAACGAGUGCCUCUAUCGAUCGAAAAAGUCUUCCAAAAGGCUAGCCUUUCUUAGAUGGAUGAGAUAACGAGAGCGAGAUGAUUUUUUUAACGUGCAGAAUUUGCGAUUUCAAGCAAAUGCUGUCCCUUGUUACCUGAGAACAGAGAUUUCGUAGAGAAAAGUUCAUUUACAGAUAGCACAGAGAUGUCUGAUAAUAAUCUAUUAACAGUUUGAAAACAGUUUUUUUAAAUUGUUUUAAAAUUGUUUCGUAUUGCAAAACAAAAUAUUUAGAAAAAAAAAAAACAGUUAUUCCACAGAUUUUAUCUGAAUAUCUGAAGUUCCAUACCAAGAAUUUGAAAAAAAAAUGAGCAUAUGAUUACCUUGCUUUAUUUCUUUAUUCGUGUAAUAAUUAUGUCCGCUAGAGUGCACCACUGAUCCUAACUUACGUAUUUCUACAUACGUAUUCAUUCACUUUUUUUUAUUAAAAAAAAAGAUAUCAUAUUAAUGUAACGAAUAGUAAUUAUAAUACAAUGUUAAUUACUUCAAGGCAUCUUUAAGCCAGGAUUCAUAUUACCAUUAAAUUUAAAAUGGGUUUCAGAUAUCGUGUGCUAUCUGGAUUGUACCUACGAAGUAAUUAUUCGAGUUCUUUCACAUGAUAAAUUCGAAAAAUUUAAAUUAUAAAGCAAAUGAAUUUAUUUUUAUACUCAAAUAUAGCAGCAAUAAUUAUUAUUCCAUGGCACUUUUCGUUUUAAUUUGAAUUACGAUGAUAAAAAAUGCAUUUGCUUUGAUAUUAUAAUAAUUAAUUAUAUAACAACAAAACAUUACAUAUUUUUUUUAAACAAAUUAAACACUUCUAGACAAGACAACAAACAAAUUUAAGAAUAUCACUUUCGAAUAAUCGAUGAUAUUCGUUCAAAAUGAAUUCGAAUAAUUUCACUGGAACACUAGCAAUGACAAAAAUAGACAGGAAAAGUGCCGAAAAGUAACGAAUUCUCAAUUCUUCAUUAUCGAAUGAAGAAGUGAAGAAACAAUGAAAACGAUAAAUAACACGAGGAAACAGUGAAUAAAUACUGUUUGUAAUUAAAUAAACUGCGAGCAAUUGUUGUUUGAGAGUAUGUAAAAGAUGAGUGAACGAGAAAUGAUUGCGUGUAAGGAUCGAGUGAAAUGAAGAGAGAAAGCAAGAGAGAAAGAGAGAGAGAGAGAAAGAAAAACGAAACGAGACAACAUCGUGUCAGCGAAAGUGGAAAAUUAAAAGAAGAAGAAGAAGAAGAAGAAAAAGAAAACAAUUAAUGUGCAAUAACGAUGAAAAUGAAUGUUUUUUCAACGCGGUACUUUUUAACUGUAUGGAUAGGAUGAUAUACGUAUUUGCUCAAAUCGUUGUUUCUUUUAUAUAUUUUAACGAAGUUUUUAUAUGAAUGAAUUAUAAUGAUAAAAUAUAACUAAAUUAUAUUUUUGCUAACGUUCUACGUGCAGAUCACACGAAGAAGAAGAUACACGCGCGGGUAUACAUUCGCAUACCGUAGUAUAAAUGUAAUGUACACACACAUACACACACACACACACACACGAGCGCAUGCAUGCGCAACCCAACACACACACACACAACAUUGAGAGACGAAUUGGAGAGAAGACGAUACACGACGUAGAUUUAACGUGAUCGAUGGAUCCAUCGUAGAAAUUAGAGAGAAAAGAAACUGUAAAUUAAUUUUUCUUCCUCCCUUAUUUUCAACGUUUAACGUUUAUUUAUUUAGCAUUAAAACCGUUGCCUUAUUGUGUAUGUUCAUGUAAUAACAAUUUAGUCGUAUAAAAGAGGAGAUAAAACUCUUGGGCGUGUGACAGUUGUUAUUAAGUGGAGAGUUGAUAAGUUCGUAAGACGAGCAGUAUUUUUAGAUUUACAUUAGCCUGAAUUUACUGCAGACUAUAUACGUUUAUAAAUAUUAUGUAUACACACAUACACACACAUACACAGAGAGACAGACACACGUACAUAAACUUACAAGCGCGGUCUCGCGCGCAAAUCUGCUCGUGCUUCCAGUUUUCUACUUUUGCUUCUUUUUCGAAGAAUUUCUCCAACUCUAUGGAAAACAGCUUUAACUUUAUUUCGAUUCGAUAUUUCAAUUCGACUGAAAGACUUCAAUUUUUUUGAUUUCAACUUUUUUUAAUCAUUUCCAUUUUGUGUAUAUAAUUGGAUAAAAAAUCUUUUAUAAAAAUUUUCAUAGAGCUUCCAGAAUGAUAUUUAAUGACAUUUCAACGCACAGAAAAUUAACAUGUAUAAUAUAUAUAUACACGUGUAGAUAUAUGAAAAGAAAAAUUGUGGACAGCACGAGCGGACAUUAACCGAGCUAGCGGCUUUUACUUAAACCGAGAAUCACUGUACAUAAUGCUUAAGCAUUUAUUUAUAUCGUGCUUUUUACAAAAGGACCCGUAGUAUUUUAUUUAGUUUCGUAGCAAAGGUUUAUGCACAUCAUUACCGCGUGCAUGGCACGAGAUCAUUUAAUUGUCAGGUGUGCGAACACGGGAAGAGUAUGCGUGCAUUUGUAUUAAGGA